AUGGAGCGCUUCAUGAUCAUAAGGCACAUUCGGUUGGACCGAUCCCACUUCUCAAUUUUUACCUCAUUAGAGGUUUAUGGAGUGGAAAUGGGUCGUUCCGUCCUUAAUGCCAAGUCCAAAUCCAUACAGCCAAGAACAAUUUCUACGGCUUCCUUCCAGACCUUAAAAUUUGUCCCAUUCAGCAUUGGGAUAGAAUUCACUUGGGCAGUAACAUUUGCAGCACUGCAACCUUCAAUGUUGCUUCAAGAAGUUGGUGUUGUUGUGUCAGUGUUACUUGGUUUUGCACCUCCUUCCACCUUUUUUGCUGCCAGCUCAUCCAAGGUUCUUGAAAUCAUUCAUGAUGUUUUGUUUUUGCUGGAAGUUAAUGGAAUCAACGCUCAUGGAAAAAUUGUCCAGGAUAAUCCAAUGUUCGGAAAUUCAUUUUGGAGUACAAAUUUAGAUAAAGUUGCCAUUGAAUUUCCAGAUGAAACUGAUGUUUCUGUGGUUUCUUUGGAUGAGCAACUGGAAGACUGGACUGACAAAGAAAUUAGUGAUUUUUCAUCUUUGAUAGGUGGGUCAUAUGCUCCUGAUGCCCUUGAGCCAUUAAAUGGAGUGCUUACCAUUCCAUUGACAAAUGGUGCCUCAGUGAAUCUCCAUAUGUCAAAGAAAGCAGAAAGGAAGUUUAUCGUAGGUCUUAUGUCUCUCACACAUAAUGUCCAAAGCGCAAUUCAAAUGCAUGGCAAUUUAUCACAGAGUGCAAAGGGUCCUGCUGAGUUGUUAACAGGAUGCUUUAAUGGCUUUAAGGGAUGCAAAUCCAGAGGUAUUAAACUUUGUGGGCCACUUGCUGCAACAGGAAUGAUUGCUGCAUGGACCUCUAAAUGCCUUCCUAAUUAUCAAAGAGAGAAGUAUGAUGCAUGGACCUCUAGUCAUAGUGAGCAGGUUAUUAUUCGAGCUCCAUUCUGGGUUAGUUACCCAGAAAUGGCAAGGUUGGCUCAUGCAUCACCUGUGAUCCUUCCAACCUUAAUAUUUCGUAAUUUUCUAAGGUGUUGUGAUGCUGUUGCUGCAAGAUAUCCAGACUCUUUAUGA